UAUAAUCGUAGUACAGCGUCCUCAACCUAACCUUACAAUACCCUACUUGCCGUGACACGAAGAUAACCUUAAAACGUCAUAAAUAGAAAAGAACUGUCACAAUAUUUUCGAAUUAAGGUACACAAUUAAUAUAAGAAAAUGACAGAUAAUUUGAGCAAUUCUUAUGACAUUAACGGACAACAUUUUAAUCCGGAUAUGUAUCUCCAGAAAAUGCUUAAGGAAUGUACCCUAAAACAGAUUAUGGAUAAUGAAAAAGAAAUCAUAGGUGAUACGCAAACUUUGCUUUCUGAUAUGCAAACAUUAGUAUAUGAAAAUUAUAAUAAAUUCAUAUCAGCUACAGAUACAAUUGGGAAGAUGAAAAGUGACUUCAAAAAGAUGGAAGACAGCAUGGAUCUGCUAGCCACGAAUAUGGACAGUAUAACUUCAUUUUCAGAGCAAAUAUCUUCUACCUUACAAGGGACACGUCAACAAAUCUCUAGAUUGUCAUCUGUACAUGCUCUUUUAAAGCGUUUACAAUUUCUUUUCAAACUGCCUGGCAAACUCAAAGAUAGAAUGAACGAAGGAAAUUAUAGUCAAGCAGUUCAAGAUUACAUACAUGCACAACGUGUCUUAAAUCAGUAUGGUAAUAUGCCUUCAUUUCAAGGAAUUCAAAAGGAUUGUGAAGAGAUCGUAGAAGAAUUGAAAUCACAGCUUAGAAAACAAUUUCAUAAAAGAGAAGCUUCUACAAAAUCUCUUGCCGAAAGUGUUGAUCUUUUACUUCAAUUAAACGAGCCUGCGGACUCAUUAUGCGCCGAUUUUCUCACCCACGCUGAUAAUAGAUUGGCAGAACAGUUAGCCAUAUUAAAAGACAUGUGUGAAAAUGAUAUAAUAGAAUAUGUGGACAUGGGUAGUUCAGGAUUUCUUAGUGAUCUUUGCUUAAUCGUCGCAUCGUACAAUGACAUGUUUGUAAAUAGAACACCUGCAGAUGAUACUGAUUUUAGCGACGAUUUCGACACUAAGGCUCUUACCCGCUUAAACGUUUUCAUUAUGGACAAUAUGAAAAAAUAUUUUGAUCUAAUAGGAAAAAGAGUCGAAGAUGUGGCAGAUACUGCAGUUCUAGUAAGAGCACUCGAUAGAUUUCAUCGAAGACUCCAAGCCAUGAAUAUGCUUUGUACCGAGACUGAUUUCGCCAGAACGGGAAUUGAUAUAGUCAUAAAUGCUGGAAGGAAACAGUGUAGAAAUCAUCUCCACUCUCUGAAACAACAUUUGAGCGAAACUUUGGCUAAAGUAAGACAGACUUUAGCAGCAAAAGUAACGCAGGAUGGCGAUGGCGGUUUAGCAGAACUCCAAGCAACACUAGUAAUGCCAACAAUCGAAAAAGUUAAAGGAGUCUUACAGGAUUUACUGGUGUUCCUGCAACCAGACCUAUCAUUCAGUCUAAAGCCUCACUUCUUACAAAGUUUUUGUGUCGACGAAGUACGUGAGGGAUUAGUUGUUGGUUAUUUGCACCACUUAACAGCCACAGCAAGUGGUUUUUGUACUGGUUCUGACGUACCAAAAUUUCCACCCACUUUGCUCCUGUUGCUAAGUAAAAUGUGUAUUGAGUUCAAAGACAGCAGCGUACGCUACCUCCUGACAACAACUGAUGAUUUAUUUAAUAUUGAGCAACAUGCAACUUCUGAGAAUUUUAUAACGACAGAAUCGGAAAUAUGCGAAAAUUUUCAAACAACUGCCCAAAAUUUACUCAAUCAUUAUGUUCGUUUGCAAGGUCUUGCUGUGUCUCAAAUGCUACGAAAGUCAGUAGAGACUCGAGAUUGGCUGCAUACUAUUGAGCCAAGAACUGUAAGGGCUGUUAUGAAACGAGUAGUUGAAGACGUAACAGCAAUUGAAUCUCAAGUCGCUGUGCUAUAUGACGACGCAGAUGGUCAGAUGGAUAGAAGUAGUGACAGCAGUAGAAAAACACACAGCGUCAGCGUAUCGAGACAUCAGUAUCGUUCUAAUUGGUCGUCAUAUACACCUAGUCAUUUGGAUUCAUCACUGGUAACAAAUAUCCAUAAACUCUUUUCCGAAAGAAUUGAAUUCUUCUCCUCCGUGCAAUUCAACAAGGCUUCCAUUUUAACUGGAAUCAUCAAGAUCAGUUUGAAGACUUUUUUGGAAUGCGUAAGGCUACGCACCUUCAGUAAAUAUGGUCUGCAGCAGAUCCAAGUCGACACGCAUUAUCUGCAACUUUAUUUAUGGCGAUUUGUAACGGACGAGAAUCUGGUACAUUUCCUAUUGGAUGAGAUCCUGGGUAGUGCCGUACACAGAUGCCUGGAGCCCGUCCUAAUGGAACCGAGUGUCGUCGAUAUUAUAUGUGAAAGAGGAUAAUUCCUCAAACUUUUAUUCUCACAUAUAGGAAGUAUGAUAAUGUAUAAUUUAAAUAUCUAAUAUAUAUAUAAUGAGUUGUAACUCUGAAAAAAUCAUUAUAUCUAAUCGCAAGAAUC